UCUAUCUGUUUCUUACUCCUAUAUAUGUGUGUGUAUGUAUGUAUAUAUAUAUAGACCCUCUCGAUCUCUUCUCGAAAGGAACUCUUGGGGAAGUUGAAAGUCUCUUUGCUAUUUGCCAUUCCACCUUGGAUUCCGUCCAUCCGCAGGAUUGAACUAUGGGUCAAGCCUUUGGUUGUGUUCAAGUGGAUCAGUCUACAGUUGCUGUCAAGGAGCAUUUUGGGAAGUUUGAGGAUGUGCUUGAACCUGGAUGUCACUGCUUACCGUGGUGUUUUGGGUACCAGUUAGCUGGAGAAUUAUCAUUACGAGUGCAACAGCUUGAUGUUCGUUGUGAAACAAAAACUAAGGAUAAUGUCUUUGUGACUGUGGUUGCAUCCAUUCAGUACCGUGCCUUGGCCGAAAAAGCAUCUGAUGCAUUCUACAAGCUUUCCAACACAAAGGAACAAAUCCAAGCCUAUGUUUUUGAUGUUAUUAGGGCAAGUGUACCCAAGUUGGAUUUGGAUUCUGCUUUUGAGCAGAAGAAUGAUAUAGCAAAAGCUGUGGAGGAAGAACUUGAAAAGGCCAUGUCAGCCUACGGGUAUGAAAUAGUCCAGACCCUUAUUGUGGAUAUUGAACCAGAUGCUCAUGUCAAGAGGGCAAUGAAUGAGAUAAAUGCAGCUUCGAGAAUGAGGGUUGCCGCAAAUGAAAAGGCAGAAGCAGAAAAGAUAUUGCAGAUCAAGCGAGCAGAGGGAGAGGCUGAGUCUAAAUACCUGUCAGGGCUUGGUAUUGCCAGGCAGCGCCAGGCUAUUGUGGAUGGACUGAGAGACAGCGUGCUUGCUUUUUCUGAGAAUGUGCCGGGAACAACAGCUAAGGAUGUCCUAGACAUGGUGCUUGUGACUCAAUACUUCGACACCAUGAAGGAAAUUGGAGCAACCUCAAAGUCCUCUGCAGUUUUCAUCCCGCACGGGCCUGGUGCAGUCAGAGAUAUCUCGUCGCAGAUCCGUGAGGGGCUUCUUCAGGCUGGAAGUGUUGAGCAUUAGUUUCUAAACAUUUGGAAUGAACUUGAUCCAUGGUUUCUAUGGGUUUGAUUUGCUGCCAAAUAUGUCUUCAAUUUUCUCAGAGUUGAUGAAUUCUUGUCAAAUUCUGGUAUAUAGUCCCUGAAUAUAUGAUGAUUUGUAAAAAAAAAAAAAAAUGUAGUAGAUCUAGUGGUGAUGCAUGGAACAGUUGUUGGAUUUGUAUCUCGUUUGCGUGCUUUUACUCUGUUCCGGCUGUCCUGCGGUUGAAUAUUUUCCUCGAGAGCUUUAAUGAACUGGAACAGCAGUGUUUUCCCUUUUCGGGUUGGUUAAAGUAGAGCUCAUUGUUUAUCGUUA